UUGAAAUGUAAAGUUGUCAUAUUAUAUGUAGAAAGUUUGUAAAUCCAAUUGUAUACCGAUAAGAUUUAGCGAAAAAUGUAAAAAUAAAGUAAAUGUGUUAACCAAAAGCACAAUCUCUAUAAAAAUAAUACGAAUUGGUCGAACGUUUCCGCGGUGAGACAGCGUUAGUUACACAUCACGCGUAAUGGGAAACGAUAGUAGCAGAUUAAAGGGAUUAGUAAUUGAUAAAAACUCUGUGGAGGCAAAUGAUUUUUGGACGCUUUACAAUGCAGAAUCGCCAACCACAUCUAAUGAAGACGGAAAGCAGCUACUUUCCGUUUUUCAAGGUGAACCGGUAGUAAGUGGACAACUGUGGGUGAUACAGGGGCCUUUGGAACGGGCUAUCAAGAAUUUAAAAAUUUAUCGGCAUCCGUACAUAUUGAAAUAUGUAACCACAUGGGAACAAGGAGGCCAAAAACAUUUAGCAACAGAACGUGUACGCCCUUUGACUACUAUUUUAUCAACACAAACCAAUCUACAGGCUUGCCUUGGUUUACGAACUAUUCUAUGCAGCUUGAUUUUCUUGGUUGAGAAGGCUCUGGGACGUCAUCUUAACAUUUGUAUCUCAUCAAUUUACACCACCGACGAUGGUAGUUGGCGUUUAGCCGGCUUUGAAUAUGUAUGGAAACAUAAAGAGAUCACAAAGUCUUUACUUGAUUUGGUGAAAACAUAUCGAUAUGCUGCUGCAAUUGACCCUAGUGAGUGUAAGGAUAAUAAUAGCGAUGCCAUUGAACAGUAUGCCUUCGCAACGCUCUGCGAAGAGGUAUUGAAUAAGUGCAGCAAAAAGGAGACCACUGAAACCCCACAUGCACAAGAAUUUCGCGAGUAUUGUGCCACCCACCUAAAGCAUAGUAACGCACAGUUACGACCACGUCUUUCGGCAGUACUAUUACACCCAUAUUUUAAUCACGAAUUCGUACUUAUACAUUCCUUCCUGUUUGAAUUGCCUCUAAAAAGUGUACAAUCGAAGCAAGAUUUUUUCACUGGUCUUAUCGAUCGAUUACGCUAUUUCAAUGAAGAAGUUGUAGGUGCGCAAUUAGCUGCCGAUCUGCUCUCACGUAUGGUCUUACUUGAUCCCACAGCGCAGCUAUGCGUUACACCCUAUGUGCUUAAAACAAAAACUGAUCACUCGGCGGCAUUGUUCUCAAACCAGACGUACGUGCGCUACGUAAUGCCACAUAUAAAGAAAAUGUUUCGACUUAGAGAUGCGCAAAUACGAUUAAUAUUGUUGGAAUACUUCAUGGAAUUCAUACGACUUCUUUCAAAGGAUGAGUUAUUGGAGUGCAUACUGCCUUAUUUGCUGGAGGGUAUGAAUGACACAAAUGAUGUGCUAGUGGCGAAAACCCUUCGUUGUAUGGCUGACCUAGUCCCAAUAUUAGGCGCGUCCACAGUAAUUGGUGGAAAUCGCACACGUAUCUUUUCUGAUGGCCGGCCGCAGGCAGCCGUAUCCGAUGCUACAACACAUUGGGUUGAACCGCGUUCGAUUACGCCUGUGAUGGGUAAUAAUAUAGACUACAUGGUAUCAGAUAGUCCAUUGCCCGACCACGUAGAUUUAAGUGGCAGCUUUAUUUCAUUGCCUCAAAUGGAAACAAAUGAGCAGUUGGGUAUGCCGCCCCGUUUAAGUCCAGACGGAGGUGAAGAUGAUAAAAGUGUUGCAAUAGAGGACGAUGCAGUAGCAUCAGAACUCACUCAACAAGAAAUUAGUGGUCGAAAUAUUAUGGAAACGGUAGCGGAAUCGGAAAUCGCAAAUAAUAGCGAUUCCGCAGCAAUAACGACUCAAAGUGUCGAUGAAUAUAUAAAUACAAGUACAAAUGAGUUGUCAGCUGAUGCUUCAGCAAAUAUUAUAAAUUUUAAAGAACCAGCCGUUAAUGGCUUCCAUAGUAAUGAGGUUGAUGAAAUAGAAGAAUGGUCCGAUUGGGAAUCUGAUGAACUUCUAAAGCGAAAUAAUAACACGACAGCUGAUUUAUCACCUGCAUCAAAUAACGGCUCCAAAAUGUCGUUGAUCACAAAUACAGAUAAUGUAGCUUCUCACACUCCUACCCCACUGCCUGUAUUUAGUGCUGAAGUUACAACCCUGCAAACAAAAACCAAACCUACCGUCGAAAACUCGAAAGAUCGACUUGUAAAGCCGUCUGCUAAAGAGACUCCAGCAGCAGCUGGUGCACAUUAUACACGUACUCUGAAAAUCAAUGAUGACCUCAACGCCUUUGAUAUCGUCGUUCAAAAGACAGCGACGCCCCAAACUGACGGUAGUACUGAGUUUGAUUACUUUAAAGACAUGGAACCAAUUAUUGAACCGAGUAGUAACAAAACGUCAGUAGCAGGGAUUUUAGCAAACAAUUCGCCAUCAAAUACAACGAAUUUGCCAAAUAAAGAUGAUUAUGAUGGAAUAGUAAUCGAUAAUAGCCGAUUUGCGGCAAUGACUAUUAAUGCAGACGACAACUCUGCCAGCGGUGAUGGCUGGGGCGUGGACGAUGAUGUCGCGGAUACGUGGAAAGAAUAGUACGUUGCUGUUGCUGUUGUGCCAAAAACAGCAGUCAAUGUAAUCAACUUAGUACCACUACCGUUGACGACGAAGUCGACUAUUUACAGCGAAGUUACCAAUGGCCCUAUACUUUGCUAAAAUUAUUCUAAUGUUAAUUUUAUAUUUAGACAAAAUAUGAAGGCGUUUGUAAAAUGUGCAUUGAUCAUCGUUUGCUCUCCAAAUUACUUCCUUUGCCUAGAAUUUUACAUUCACUAUUAUGUUUUAGAGUUUACAGGGAAGUUACUUAGAAAAUAUAUACACAUACACCAACAGUGAUUAAUUCAUUCUUGUAGAUACAUAAAUACAUUUUAAUGCAGAAAAUCAAAAAAAGUCAAAAAUAAGAAUAUUGUGUAACUGACUCGCCACAUUAACAAAAGUAGUAAAUUGGUAUUUUACCCAGAAUAA